GGUUCUGAGCCGCAGUAGGCGCGCGCCGGUGCGACGUCAACGCAACCCGCUAAGCUCCCGGUAUCUGGGUACCGCGGGCCCAGCGUAGCUGAGUCCUCCGACGGCCCGGGUCGGGCAGUUUGCUGAGUACUUUUGCAGCCGCCAUGGACAACUCCGGGAAGGAAGCGGAGGCGAUGGCGCUGCUGGCCGAGGCGGAGCGCAAAGUGAAGAACUCACAGUCCUUCUUCUCGGGCCUCUUUGGAGGCUCAUCCAAAAUAGAGGAAGCGUGUGAAAUCUACGCCAGGGCCGCCAACAUGUUCAAAAUGGCCAAGAACUGGAGCGCUGCCGGAAACGCUUUCUGCCAGGCGGCCCAGCUGCACCUGCAGCUCCAGAGCAAGCACGACGCAGCCACCUGCUUCGUGGAUGCCGGCAACGCGUUCAAGAAAGCCGACCCCCAAGAGGCCAUUAACUGCUUGAUGAGAGCAAUUGAGAUCUACACAGACAUGGGCCGGUUCACCAUCGCGGCCAAGCACCACAUCUCCAUCGCCGAGAUCUACGAGACGGAGCUGGUCGACAUCGAGAAGGCCAUCGCCCACUACGAGCAGUCCGCAGACUACUACAAAGGCGAGGAGUCCAACAGCUCCGCCAACAAGUGUCUGCUGAAGGUGGCCGGGUACGCGGCGCAGCUGGAGCAGUACCAGAAGGCCAUUGACAUCUACGAACAGGUGGGGACCAACGCCAUGGACAGCCCACUCCUCAAGUAUAGCGCCAAGGACUACUUCUUCAAGGCGGCCCUCUGCCACUUCUGCAUCGACAUGCUCAAUGCUAAGCUUGCUGUCCAGAAGUACGAGGAGCUGUUUCCCGCGUUCUCCGACUCCCGGGAGUGCAAGCUGAUGAAAAAAUUGUUAGACGCCCACGAGGAGCAGAACGUGGACAGCUACACCGAGGCGGUGAAGGAGUACGACGCCAUCUCCCGGCUGGACCAGUGGCUCACCACCAUGCUGCUGCGCAUCAAGAAGACGAUCCAGGGCGACGAGGAGGACCUGCGCUAGGCCGCCCGGCCGGCGCCCAUCUUCCUGCCCCGCCCGCUCUCCCCCGGCCCGGCCCUCCAGCGAGGACGGCGAGGGUCUCGGUGUGAGCCCAGAGAGGCGGGCCCGAGACCUCGGCUGUGAGACCCCCCUCCUCCCCACCGAGGACUCGCUCAAGUCACAGCACGCGAGGCCGGGCCCGCUGGCCAGACGGUCACCCUCUGUUCUCGCUGCACCUCUCGCCCCUGCUCCUUUAUUUAAGCCCCUGGAGGUACCCUUCACCCCAAAAAGCAGACUCUUUGACGCAGACCUGUUAGCUGGGGUUGUUGCCAGGGGGCGGGGUCAGCAUCCGGCCCCCCACCUCCCAGCCAGCUGAGUUGUGAGGUUGGGGUCUGUCUCUCCAGCCUUUGUCCGCCAGCCGAGCCCUGAGCCCACGUAGCCACCACGAUGUGCUCUCACCGCUGGGGUGGCCUCCUUCCCCCGCACCAGCGCUGGGAGCCUCCCAGCCUCCUGCAGCCCCGACCUCUCCGGAUAGACCCAGGCCCUGGCGCUCCGAGGGUCGUCCCCGUGCCCGCCCUUGCAUCUCCUCCCUGCGCUUCAAGGUGUUGUUGGUGGGAAGCUGCCGCUGCCCGAGGAAGGAAAUAAAUGACAACACUUGUGCUCGA